AUGGCCACCAUCAAGGCUCUCGGAGACAUACCGACUCUGGUCCAGCUCUAUCACUCUACCGCUCCCCUCCAGGCACCGCCCCCAUCGGCAAAUGCCCCGCUCCCCUCCUCCGCCAUCAACGCCCGCGUCGGCCUCACCCGCGGGGACAUCACCAAGCUGCGACUCGACGCCAUCGUCAACGCCGCCAACACCUCCCUCCUCGGCGGAGGCGGGGUCGACGGCGCCAUCCACCGCGCUGCGGGGCCCGAGCUCCUCGCAGAGUGCCGUGGCCUCGGCGGCUGCCCCACGGGCCAGGCCAAGAUCACUCGCGGCUAUCGCCUCCCUGCUAGAAACGUCAUCCACACCGUCGGCCCCGUGUACAGUCACGCGGAUCCACAGCGUAGCGAGCGUUUCUUGCGAAGCUGCUACCAGGAAAGCCUUGAGGUGGCGGCCAAGAAAGGCGUCAAAUCGCUUGCCUUCAGCUGCAUCAGCACCGGAGUCUAUGGAUACCCCAGCAAAGACGCCGCCCAGGUGGCUUGCGAGACUGUCAGGAAGUUUCUAGAGACAGACGCCGGCAAGAUCGAGAGAGUUGUGUUUGUCACAUUUGAACAGAAGGACGUGGCUUCCUACGAAGCGAUGAUCCCCAAGUACUUCCCCCCCGGAAGGGAGGAGGAAGCCGAGGACAAGUGA